GGCGCGCGGCUCCGGCGGCCACCGUGGGCGGGCGCAGACUGCCGGGACGGCCGGGAGCGGGCGGCAUGGCGGCGGCGGGGACCGUGGCGGGGCCGGCGGGGCCUGAGCCCAUGCCUAGCUACGCGCAGCUGGUGCAACGCGGCUGGGGCAGUGCGCUGGCGGCGGCGCGGGGCUGCGCGGACUGCGGCUGGGGGUUGGCGCGCCGCGGCCUGGCCGAGCACGCGCACCUGGCGCCUCCCGAGCUGCUGCUGCUGGCGCUCUGCGCUCUCGGCUGGACCGCGCUGCGCUCGGCGGCCACUUCGCGCCUCUUUCGGCCCCUAGCCAAGCGGUGCCGCCUCCAGCCUAGAGAUGCCGCCAAGAUGCCUGAGAGCGCCUGGAAGUUUCUCUUCUACCUGGGCGCCUGGAGCUACAGCACCUACCUGCUCUUCGGCACUGACUACCCCUUCUUUCACGACCCACCCUCCGUCUUCUACGACUGGAAGACGGGCAUGGCGGUACCACGGGACAUCGCAGUUGCCUACCUACUACAGGGAAGCUUCUACGGCCAUUCCAUCUACGCCACGCUGUACCUGGAUGCCUGGCGCAAGGACUCAGUGGUCAUGCUCAUCCACCAUGUGGUCACCUUGGUCCUCAUUAUCUCGUCCUACGCCUUCCGGUACCACAAGGUGGGCAUCCUUGUGCUCUUCCUGCAUGACAUCAGUGACGUACAGCUGGAGUUCACCAAGCUCAAUGUCUACUUCAAGUCCCGCGGAGGAUCCCACCACCGGCUUCACGCCCUGGCUGCAGACCUGGGCUGCCUCAGCUUCAGCCUCAGCUGGUUCUGGUUCCGCCUCUACUGGUUCCCGCUCAAGGUCCUGUAUGCCACGAGCUACUGCAGCCUGCGGUCGGUGCCUGACAUCCCCUUCUAUUUCUUCUUCAACGCACUCCUGCUGUUGCUCACGCUCAUGAACCUCUACUGGUUCCUGUACAUCGUGGCUUUUGCUGCCAAGGUGCUGACGGGCCAGGUGCGCGAGCUGAAGGACGUGCGGGAAUAUGACACAGCAGAGGCCCUGAGCCCGAAGCCCAGCAAAGCUGAGAAGCCGCUCAGGAAUGGACUGGUUAAGGACAAGCGCUUCUGA